AGCAAUAAAGGAGAGUGACUUCCCCUACAGUUCGACAAAAGUAAGCGAAGUCGUUGUUCACACACAUGUGGAUGCGUUUCGUACAGUGCAUAAUCCUCUUAUCCGUUACAACCAUCACCCAUUUCGCGCAAAAAUCUGAAAGGCUUGUUGUGAUGACAAGGUUAAAGCCUGGACGGAGUUUGCACUGGUAACUGUAACACACACCAUUCAGACUAAACUUGACGAGUUGUUGCUGAGUGAUAACUGGCAUGAACCACUGACCAAGCAUCUUCCCUUUCACCACUGAAUUAGGUAUACGGGAAAAAAUUACAUGCUGGAAAUGAAAAAGUGCAAGUUUAUCGUAUUCAGUGGUAGAGGUCAUACAAAACAAAUUUUUAUGGUUGUCACUUGCUUCAUUUUGGAUUUGGUUGCGCAGUGCCCACCUCCCUGUGAGUGUAAUCUAGGCAUUGCUGACUGUUCAGCCAGAAGACUUACUUCACUCCCACCACUGCCAACAAGAAGCAUUCUUGUUGUAAAUGCCAGUUUUAAUUACUUGUCAUCAUUUUCUUGCAGCAAAGAUCAAAUGUCAGGACUGAAAGUGCUUGAUCUUAGUCACAACCAGAUCUCUGCGAUUCCAGCAAGCACAUUUUCUUUUGUGUCAUGUUUACAUCUAGACGUUUUAAACCUUACUGGAAAUAACUUGAGAAGUUUGGCAUUUGAACUACCAUCAUCCCUAAAGGUUUUGAAACUUAGCCACAAUCAGUUUCAGAAGUUUUCAUUGUCUACUGUAAGAAAUCUAACAGAGCUUGAGACAUUACAUCUUUCCUACAAUAACAUCACUAUGAUGAUCACUAGACUGGAAAAUCACAAAUUUUCAAAUGGUUGCCCAUUUGAACCAUUCCAGAAGCUAAUUGAAGUUUCUCUUCAAGGAAACAAACUAACAAUGCUUGAUGCUCAUGUUUUUCAAUGUUUUCAGAAAGUAGUCUACAUGUCUUUGGCAGAUAAUAGAAUUGAUUCUAUUCCAGCACAAUUGUUCAGCUCAUUCCAGCAGUUAAGAUUUCUUGAUUUAUCAAGAAACAGUUUGACAUUUAUUCCUGCUGGAACAUUCAGUAAAAUGUCAAGCAUGAAGUAUUUAUCUCUUGCCAACAAUCAUCUAGAAACAGUGCCAGUUAAUCUGCCCAUGAUGGAAUGGCUUGAUCUGUCAAACAAUAGUAUCAAUGCAGUGGCAGAGGAGCAGAAGACUGACUUGUAUCCACAGGAGGUAUUUUUGAUUGGAAGGAAUCCUCUGCAUUGUGACUGUGGACUCUUGUGGUUGAAAGAACUGUUUGAUUCGAGGAAGUAUUUGCUAAAGUACAUCCAUGUGGAUAAGGAGGAGUUUGUGCCUACCUGUUCCCACCCUGCACACAUUGCUGGGAUUUUAUGGGAUGUUCUUGAAGAUGAAGUUUUUGGUUGCAAGGAUAAAGCCAGCAAGGAAGAUGAUGUCACCAGUGACCAUGACAACAAACUGCUGAUUCAUUUGGAGAAUUUGUCCAUCAGGGUUAGUGAUGUAGGGCAUACACAUGUAUCCCUUGAAUGGGACCCCUUAAAUCUGAUGACAGUGGAUAAAGCCUAUGCUGCAAGUUUGGGAACCAAAGCUUAUGUUAGCUAUCACCAGUUUGGUAAGAAGACACAAUUUUCUGUUGCCAUUCAUCUCAUAACUGGAAGCUAUACUUUGAAUGGCCUUCGUCCAAGCACUGCAUACAUAAUCUGCAUGUCUUUGGGAGAUCCUAUGUUGAAAAGUCCCCAUGUUAAAGUUGCUGGAGAAGAUUGUGUAGAAAUUACUACAGAAAAGGAAAAGAAGAUGCAAACCUUUUUGGCAGAUGGCUAUGUUCUGGUUCUUACUAUAUUACUCAUGUGUGGACUGUUGAUGAUUUUAUGUUAUUGUUUAAGAUAUUUUUAUCAGAAAGAAAAAAGAGAAUGAUGAAAAAUGUUCUUUAGCUUACCUAACCUUCUUCAGUGUUCUUUAACCCUGACUAAAGGUUGAGAGCAAAAUAUUGAAGUGGCUAUUAGAUCUGAUGAAGAGGUGACCAUACAGACAAUUCAUUCUUGUUGACAGAUCAGGAAGUGCAAGACUACACAUGAAAAUUUAUUACCUUAAAAUGAUAUAUACAUGCGGAUGAUAUUAAAAAAAAAGAUUAAACUAUAAAUAUGCUUACACUGUAUUUUUUAAUUAGGAAAGUGACUAGCUGUUCCUCUAUAUACCUGUUGAUUACAAAGGCUAAACAGCUGUUUUUAAUAUUAUCUAUUACUACCAUAACACACCCAAACCCAUUUUAGCAGUAUUCUGUAUAAUAAAACUUUUAAACUGAGGUUGUUUUGUUACAGCCUUAAGAUACACUUCUCCGGCAUCCUUUCACUAUGAUAUAAUUGUAAUCUGGUUAGCUAUGCAACAACUUGAAGUGAAACUGUUAAAUCCACCAUUCAAGUUUCUUACCAUGUUUAAUUAAGAUGCAAUUUUAUUGACUUUCAUCCUGUCUAAUUCUAACCUUUAACUGUUAACAAUGGUUAUGAUGCAGCAUUUAAGUCAUAAAGAAAAAUUUUCAGGAAGCAACUUAAAUCUAUUUUCCCAUGAAAUAUGUUCCAAAUAGAAAAUGCAAGUCAUGCAAGCUGUUUUUAAACAUAAGACACUACAUCCAUGACAAUGACAAUGACCAACUUUAUUGGUCCCAGUGGGCAAUUUGAACAUGGGAAGGUGCUCUAGUUACAGUAAGUUAAAAAUAAAAGUAAAAAUAGAACAAGUUAGGUGCAAGAUGUAAAUAAGCAUGUGAAAGGAAGGCAAUUUAUAUAUAUACUAUAAACAAACAACAACUUGCAUCAAGAAUAAUCAUAUGCUUAUCUACAACAUCACACACACACCAUUGACACUUCAUCUGACAUUGAGCAGCUGGACUGCAGGUGGCCCAAAUGAUUUCAGGUGUCUGUUACUUUUGCAUAUUGGAAUGGAAUAUCAUUUACAUGAGCUUAAUAAUACAAAUUCUCUUGAUAGUACAUGUUCAGGUAUAGACAAAAUGUGUGAUGCUGUCCUAACUGUUGAUCACAAAAAGAAGCUAAAUCUCUCUGUCUAACACCAAUUAGAACAGAUGUGGAUAAUACUCUUCCUAUCAUGGACAGAGAGACUGAAAAACAAGCAGACAAAUGAAAAGGAUAAAAGACUCAAUAAACAACUGGUAGAAAUGGCAUAAGAGUGCUUAACUAACUGAAAAACUAUUGAGCUUACGAAAAGGGUACAUUAUUUGUUGGCCACCUUUAACAAUGUGUUAGGUGUUUAAAUUCCAUUUGAGCUGGCAAUCAAAAAUAGUUCCCAGGUACUUGAAAGAGUUAACAAUUUCAACAGGUUUAAUGUGUAUCACACUGGGAGCAACAAAAUCCUCUUUGAUUCUCCUAAAGUCUGCAAAAGAGUUAACAAUGCAGUGUCAUCAGAGAACUUAAUGAGGAAGCUGUUCUCCUCUGUACUUCUGCAGUUGUCAGUGUACAUGAUAAAUCUCUCAGUUAUAUCACAGUGGAAGGGAGAUAUGUAAGAUGAUGGGAUAAAUGGGUAACUGUAAGCUUAUGAGAUUAUAAACAUUAUUAAUAUAAGCAACGUUAAGAUAAGCAUUUGAGAAAAUUUCAUACGUUAUUUGUCUCGGGCCCUUAAUUUAAUUAAGAUCCAUCACUUAGUGGGUACACUAUUUGAAAAAAAAGGUCUUUCACGUUCAUUUUUAAGUUAUGAAUGACUCUGGUCUUUAAAAAAGAUUAAAUGGGUAGGAACUGCAAGAUUUGCAGGUCAAUAUAUAAUGGAUUCGUCAAGUUACAUGAACUUAUCUUACUUAAACCUUCACGUAAUGCUUAUACCCAAUAAAAUUUGACAAAACGUUUUACUGUCCCUCACAUCAGCUUUUAGUAAGACAUCAUGCCUAAGAAAAUUGAAAACUUGAUAUUUAUACAUCAAAACCCUAGCUUAAUCAAAAAAGAUACAUUUUUUCACAUUGAUUUAUGCAUAAACAUACAAACAUGGAUUCAAUAUCAACAUAGACAUAUAUACACCUACAUAUGCAUAUAUAUUUUAUAUGAUAUUGUAAUGAUAAAGUUUAACAAUCAACACAGAGGAGUUGAGGCAACUGAGCUGUAGUGCAGGUUUACUGAUGUGAACUACUUAGGAAGAGUUAAAUUUGCAGUGCACGAAUAAUAAAACUGGUUCAGAUAGGGAGGAAAGCAUUUACAAGAAACCCUAACAAACAUUUAUUAAAAAAAUCUUCAACAAAAGAAGCAGAAGGUAAUGUUACCAAAAAAGUGAUUUCCUCAGCGUUAGAUCAAGUGAAACAGAUGAAACCACAUGAAAAUGACUGAAGACUUCACUGUAUCUUCUUGACAGCAGAAAUCUUACAUCUACUAAACCCCAGGCACUCUUUUAAAAAACCUCAAAGUUCUUGAACUAAACUCUUCACUAAAACUGUCUUCCUGAUGAAAUGUGCAUGUGUAAAAAUGGCUCAUAUUGACCUGCAGAAGACAUCUACUUUUACUCUCUUCAAGAACCAUCACAUCAAAG